AUGACUUCGGAAGUGGAAAAGAAAAAGCAACAAUAUCAGGAAAACAUAAAUCGCAAGGCUUUGAUAGACUGGGUGAGGGUGACGGGACUAAGGAAUCAACGAAAAAGAAAAAUGGAUAAUCUACUCGAAGAUCUGUCAACUGAUAUAAUCAGGUAUCCCACAUCCAAAGGUGCCGCCUUCAGUUGGCCUGCGCCCGCAGGGAUAAGUGGAGGGAUUUUGGCUGUUCGUGCACGGGUUACCUAUGCUUUUUGGAAGUUUUUCAUGAUGGAAGGCAGGAAAAACCUCUACGAGUACAACUCCAAGAACGGAACUGAUAUCAAGAUUUCCCGUGAAAGGACAUUACCGCUGGAAGAUCAGGAUCGAUUAGGAUUGUUUAUUCGCAGAAGCAUCCGAGAUGCCUACGCAAGAGCAAAUGAAAAAUGUGUAGACAUUUCGUUGAGAAAGUCAAUGAUAAAAUUUGGUGAUAAUAAUGCUCAAUCAUCAACAAUGCUGAAGAAACGUUCCCUUGAAAUGGAAGAUGAACCUCCUGCAAAGAAAGGAGUACAGCAAUAUGGAUUACAAGAAGAUAAAAGGAAUUACGAGUAUUAG